UCUAAAUUGGAUAGAACAGAUAGAACAUGAUGGACUUUCUCUUCAGAAUUCCUUUGAUUAUUUAUUUAUUAUCAUUUCAUUUCCCUUCAUGGGUAUGGACUGCAGAAAAAGACAGUAACACUUGCACAGAAGUAAAAACAUCAUGUGGCUGUACAUUUCUUCAGGGUCCUGCUGGAACGCCAGGAGUACCUGGUAUUCCUGGAUCUCAUGGAAGUCCAGGAAGCAAAGGAGACCCAGGAUUAAUGGGAAGCAAAGGAGAUAAUGGAGCGCCUGGUUUACCUGGGAAGGCAGGACCUGCAGGAGAGAAAGGACAGAAAGGAGUAAAUGGAGUACCUGGUUUACCUGGGAAGGUUGGAUCUGCAGGAGAGAAAGGAGACAGCAGUGGUGUAAUAACAGAUUGCAGUGCUGGUCCAAAAAACUGCAAGCAGCUGAUGGAUAGAGGUGAAGUCCUCAGUGGAUGGUAUACAGUCUACUUGGACAGCUGUCAGACACUGACAGUAUAUUGUGACAUGGAAACUGAUCAAGGAGGAUGGUUGGUGUUCCAGAGACGCAUGGAUGGAUCUGUGAAUUUUUACCGUGGCUGGAAGGAUUACAAGAAAGGGUUUGGAAAUCAAGCAUCUGAAUUCUGGAUUGGAAAUGACAACAUAUAUGAGCUUACUAAAACAGGCACCUUUCAGCUACGUAUUGAUGUACAUGAUUUUGAAAACAACACUGGGUUUGCAACCUACAAUGGAUUCAAGAUAUUGAAUGAAACAGAAAAAUACAAACUAAUACUGGGAACAAUGAUAAGUGGUGACAUUGGGGAUUCCUUAAGUGGCCACGCAAACAACAGAUUCUCCACACAUGAUCAUGACAAUGACUUGCAUUCAGGGAACUGUGCCAGCAUGUACAGUGGAGCUUGGUGGUACACAGCUUGUCACAAUUCAAAUUUGAAUGGAAAAUACCUAAAAGGAGAGCACAGUUCAUAUGCUAAUGGAAUAAACUGGAAGACUGGAAAAGGCUUGCAUUAUUCUUACAAGCUUACCGAGAUGAAGAUUAGACCUGAAUAAUGUGAAGGAAACAAUGAUUGCUUCAGAACAGUUGCUUGUAUACAAUAGCAGGUACAAAUAAGGGCAAUGAUAAUUCAACUAUGGUCAGUCCCAUCUACAGAAAUUUGCUGUUUUAGAUUCACAGAAACAGGACUUCAGGGAACCAUAUCCCUAUAAUAGACAUUCAGUGAUUUAACAGCUGAUAAGUUAACAAGGAUUCUUUAAAACAUACAUUCAAAUAUUUUAACUGUCUGCUUCUAGUCAUUAGACCUGAGAUUCUGUUUGCAAUGCAGUAAAGCAUUCAGAAGAUGGCAUUUUUACUACUUUGCUUUUAAUAUGCAUGUUUUAUCUUCUUUUUAAAAAUAAAAAAGUUUCAUUUUUAAUAUU